GUUAUUUCAGGGUUGCCAACGCUCGCAGUGCUCUCGCCGUCUCCGUCAUCGUUCACAGCUUUGUUUCAUGUACACAUAGGAUGGAUUCUCAGAUCAAGCACGCAGUGGUGGUGAAGGUGAUGGGAAGGACUGGAUCACGUGGUCAGGUCACUCAGGUCAGAGUGAAGUUCACUGACUCUGACCGUUACAUCAUGAGGAACGUGAAAGGACCCGUCAGAGAGGGCGAUGUCCUGACUCUCCUCGAGUCCGAGAGAGAAGCCAGGAGACUCCGCUGAUGUUUCGUCUCUCGGCCCUUUUACACACGUCGGACUGCCAUGUCGCGGGCGAGUUUUGUCUCGGUAUCUACUGUGUUGCUUUGUCGACUAGAUUUUUCAGACAUGUUCUUGAAGGAUGAAUCUUAUUACUUGGUGUGCCUACUCUACUGCCUUCUGAUAUACAAAAGGCCCAUUUGGUCGUAGAAAUUAGUCAUGGGUGCACAAGUAUCUGAUUUUCAAAUA